AAUAAAAUUAUACUUGACCUUAUAACUGAUUAUAUUUUUUUCCCAGUCCCACAUAGUCCAAAAUUACACCCUCAGGAUCCAAACUCAGCUACCAGCACAUCGAUUGCUGUCUACUGGACUGUGAAUGAAGAUGAUCUCAUUGAUUUCUUCCAGGUUUAUUGUAUGGAGGAAUCCCCAGGAAGCAAAGAGCAAAGUGGUUUUGUUGAAGAAUAUCGUGUCAUUGUGAAAGAGAGUAACUGCAUUUUGGAGGAUCUGGAACCUGGUCACUGCUACAGAGUAUGGAUCAUGGCCAUAAAUUAUGCAGGAUGUAGUUUUCCCAGUGGCAAAUCCAUAUUUAGAACUGCUCCUCCAACUCCGGAAAUAAAAUCAGAAGAGUGCACCAUCUGCUGGGACACGGCCACUAUUCGAUGGAGCACCAGCAACCUGGAAGCAACAGACUCCUUCACACUUGAAUACUGCAGACAGUAUUCCCCUGAAGGAGAAGGCCUCAGAUCUCUAGCUGGAAUUCGUCAGCCUGAAAUAAAGGUUCACCUACAAUCAAACGUAAACUAUUUCUUCUAUGUGAGAGCAGUUAAUACCUUUGGAACAAGUGAACAGAGUGAAGCUGCUCUAAUUUCAACAAAAGGAACAAGAUUUCAUAUAAUGAGAGAACUUGUUCACUCUGUACUGCAAGUAUCACCCAAUGGAACCAUGAUAUGCCUUCCAGAUGAUACUAAUCUCACUGGAAGCCCACCAGUGCUGGGUGAGUGCUUGCCUGCACAAGGAUGGCAUUACUGGGAAAUCACCGUCAGUGAUUGUGGAGCUUACAAGGUUGGGAUUUGCUCUUCAACGCUCCUAGAAAGUAGUGACCUGGGACAGAAAAACAAUUCAUGGUGCUUACAUUGCUCCAACAAAACAAGUUCUGUAUAUAAAGUUCUCCACAAUGGUGAGAUGAGUGAAAUUAUGGUGACUGAACAGCCUGCCCGGAUUGGCAUUCUGCUAGACUAUAAUACUGGAAGGCUCCUAUUUCUCAAUGCAGAGAGAGGGCAGUUGCUGUCUGCUAUCAAGUAUAAAUUCACUAAAGCAGCUUAUCCUGCUUUUGUACUGGAACAAUCGGGGUUUCUCAACCUGCAUACAGGCAUGGAACUACCAGAAUUUGUAAAGCAAAGCUGAACAUUCUCUUCUGAAUCACAUACAAAAGAAAAGAAAAAGAAAAAGAGGAAUUUGGUAAAAAGACUUGAGAUGGGUUUUUUCUUUAUAUUCAAUGGCCAUAAUUCAGAGAAAUGGUCAGAGAGUUUGGUGAUUCUAUAAGUUUUCUCUUCUGUUCAGAAACACUACACAGACAGAAACCCAGAAACUGUGGGGAAGUUUCAAGACCAGAAAAAAAAACUGAGAAGCUCACAGAGUACAUGUAAUCCAUCCACAGGCCUGCAAGGAAUUUGGAUGGUGCCCAAAUUCUUUCCUCUAGUUAUUUCUAUUCACUGGAAUCGUGUGCUCAAUGCUUGCAUAGAAAUCCUAAAUAAAAUCUCACCACUUAACUAUUUUUCAUGCA